AUGAUGUCAAUGACAUGCCAUAAUCUUGAUUUUGGAAUGGCUAAACUUGAUUUGGUGGCUUGUGGCUGCUCCUCCAAUGGUUCAAUGGAUAGGUAUCCAGUGAGGAAUUAUGCAAAGUCAGUUUCUAAGAGUUGUAACAGGGAUUAUGGUUCUAGGAGACUGGUUUGCUGCCGGCGAGGUAUUGCUAGGUGUCGAGUUUCUUCAACAAAGACCCCUGAGACUUUACUUGCUGGAGUUGCUGAAGGUCCUACAGGACUUCUAGAUUUGAAGAAAGAGUCAAGAGAACCAAUUUCAAUAUCAAAUUUGUUUGAAGUGGUUGCUGAUGAUCUCCGGACUCUUAACCAAAGCCUUCGGUCGGUAGUAGAAAAUCCGGUUUUGAUGUCUGCAGCUGAGCAGAUAUUUGGUGCUGGUGGGAAGAGAAUGCGACCAGCUCUGGUCUUUCUUGUGUCAAGAGCCACAACUGAAGUAGUAGGGUUGAAAGAACUUACAAUUGAACAUCGACGUUUAGCAGAGAUUAUUGAGAUGAUCCACACUGCAAGUUUAAUACAUGACGAUGUAUUGGAUGAAAGUGACAUGCGAAGAGAUUAUCAACCUCUAUUUGGUUAUUGUAAUCUGCUUGCAGAUAUUCUUGUACAUUAUGCUUUAUUGGAAGAGUUCUUGAUCAGGCAACUGAAUUUAUCUAUUAUUCUUCCAAUUAAGGAUUUUGAAGCAACCUUUGAUUGUAUGGACUUGUACACUGUAUUAGAGUAUGUCAUAGAUGAGUGGAGGCUCAAGUCUUCUUUCACUGUAACUCGCUAUGCUAGAGCUUAUUCACUGGAAGAUGAGCUUGAAUGUGCACAUCCAAAGAGAUGGAAGGAAACAGUUCAUCAACUCUAUGGUACAAGGGUAGCAGUACUGGCUGGGGAUUUUAUGUUUGCUCAGUCAUCAUGGUACCUAGCAAAUCUUGAAAAUAUUGAAGUCAUUAAGCUUAUCAGCCAGGUUAUUAAGGAUUUUGCGAGUGGUGAAAUAAAGCAGGCAUCUAGCUUAUUCGACUGUGAUGUUGAACUUGAGGAGUAUUUGAUCAAGAGCUAUUACAAGACGGCCUCCUUAAUUGCUGCUAGUACCAAAGGAGCUGCUAUUUUUAGUGGGGUGGACAAUAGUGUUUCAAUGCAAAUGUAUGAAUAUGGCAAGAAUCUUGGUCUAUCCUUCCAAGUUGUGGAUGACAUAUUAGAUUUUACACAGUCAGCAGAGCAGCUGGGGAAACCAGCUGGAAGCGACCUGGCUACGGGGAACCUGACUGCUCCAGUAAUAUUUGCUCUAGAAGAAUCACCAAAACUAAGAGAAAUAAUCGAGUCUGAAUUCUGUGAGAGUGGUUCCCUUGAUGAAGCUGUUGAGUUGGUUAAGAACAGUGGGGGCAUUGAAAGGGCACAAGAAUUGGCAAAAGAGAAAGCUGAUCUUGCAAUUCAGAGUCUCAGAUGUCUUCCUCGGGGCUCCUAUCAAUCAGCUCUGGAGGGAAUGGUGCUGUACAAUCUCGAACGGAUUCAUUAG